ACGGUCCGUCCUCAGGUGAACUCAGAGAAUAAAUUUUAAGAAAGAGGGGUUAAGCGUUUACUUCUGAUAUUUGCUUAUGCGUAACCUUGAUCAGUUCUUAAGAGUGGAAUACUAGACUAUAGUACUUGUUAUGGGGAUAGAGGAGAACAAAGAUUUGUUGAAAGGGGUUGAUUGGAAGAAUGUAGGUGGUGAUGUGACUGACGCUAGUUCUGCUGCUACACCAGUUAUUAAGAAGCGGCUUCCAAAGAAAGUUAGACAAGUUCCUGAGUAUUAUUUUCUCCCUCGAAGACCUUUAUCGGUUAUCCUUCCUUUCUAUGGCGCAUGUAUUGCGGCAGGAAUUGGUACUGGGAUGUUGAUUGAAGUCUGGAUUAACAAGAAAAUUAAAGAGGAUGGAGGGGGUGUACUUUGGAAGAUGGAAUAGUAAACGCCUGAACUUGAAGAUGAUAGAGCUUUUGCUGCGUGGCCUUAUUAGGUACUUAAACUUGAUAUCAUGAGGAUGGAGGAGAUGUACUUUGGGAGCUGGAAUAGUAGAUGUCUGAACUUGAAGAUGUUAGAGCUUUUCGUGGGUAGCCUCAUUUGGUACAUCAACUUUACAUAGUGGUAUGCACUGCCUUGUUUGUUAUGAUUUUGGAGUAUUGUGUGACUGUGUCUACGACGGUACUACCUCAAUUAAAUAGAGGCUAUGGCAUUUAUAUUUCGAAUAUACUAUGUUUUUCAUGUAUGAACUGUUUCCCUUUUGUUUUAUACUUAAUGGUCAUAAUGGUAAGCAAGCACACAUAAAUGCAGUUAAAGCAUGUUUUCUGACUAGGAAACACAAUUUAGAGAAAUGCUCCCUCAGAUUGGAAAAAUAAACCGUGUUGGCGUUAUUACUUGGAAAUUGAUUACAAUAUCUGAUCCUACUUCUGAAAUUUCUACCUUGUAUCAUUUUUUUUUGGGUUUGGCAUAGAUUGGGAUUGUUUGAAUUAUGAAAAAAGAAGUAUUUAUUUUUUUCUGACACAAAGGUAGAGAAUAAUUAGAGAUGCUUAGCCAUCUUACAAUCCCAAAAUGAUCCAUAUAAUGAUGGAGAACCCUAGCAAGCAGGAACAAGGGAAUGUUUGUUUUGAUGUGGAACAAGCAUCCAAGGAUUACAAAGUUUGUCGUGGGCAUUGUCAUCAUCUGCUUGUUCACUUUCAUCAAUUACUGUUGUAGAAAAUGGGUGGGUGAUUUAAAAUCUAUAAUCAGCCAGAAUUAUGUUCAGAAACAACCAAUUUAGAGAUUCCUAUUGACCAUCCGUUAAUAGUUAUAGCACUGGUGAUUGAGUUCUUACUUCUUACCAUACGGGUUAUGUACUUCAUAAAAUACUUAGCGUAAGAAAGAUCGUUGGGAUUUAGGCGGUGCAUAAGGGGCCUCAGUUUUGCUACUGUCAAUCGGGAAGCUGCAUAGGAAAGUGCGCAUACUUGCCCUUAUCCAGAGUGACCCAAGAGCAUCUGAAGAAGAAAUUUAGGCAAUCAGUGGCUUAGAUACUGUUGCUUUCCUUGGUACUUGAUAUCAGGUAAUCAAAGUUUUAUUUCUUAUAGCCUAUGGCCAAAAGACAUUGCAUAUAUUUAGUGUUUUGUUUCAAAUGCUUGACGCAGAUGGUUGAGAACUGAAGGAACUUGUAAAGAGAUUUCAGGAUUCAUUCUCUCCCAUAGUUCUUCGGCUUAUUUUUAUGUAUUGUGUAUAAUGGUUUUCUCUAUUCUCAAAUUAUGUUACAGUUAAAUAUCGCCGGUGCCUAUUAGUGGGUUUCCUUGUUUCAUAAGUUAUUGUGCUAGUCAAAGAUGAAUUAGAGGUUUUCUCAUAGUCAACCCUUCAAUCUUGAAAAGGUAUUAUGAUUAGUAUAUUUAUUUGUAUAAACAUUAAACAGUGACUACUUGCACUCAGCCCCUUCAACAGAUAUCAAGUUUUACGAUUGCAUCACGGACGAUGAUUUUUGUAGUGUAGAUGUUACGAAUGUUCUCUUCAAAGUGGACUUCAACCCUCUAAGGUUUCUUGGUUAAUACUUGAUAAUAGUAUCACUAUCAUAGUUGGAGGAGUAAAAUGUCUUAUUUUCUCCGUGGAAUUGAAUAUCUUAUCAUCAUGUGAACGCAUGGACUCUAAUGCGAUGAAAGACUGUUACUCUGGGACCUAGUCUAUUAAUGAUAGUCUAUUCCAUCUUGAAAAGUUGUAGUCCUUGGAAUUAUAAUGCAAUGCUGUGAUAGUGUUUAAACUUAUAUAUAUAGCAAUCUAUUAAUCAAAGGUUUUCUUAUAGUUACUAUACACCAUUGUUAUUUGAUUCAGAGGGUUUAUUUUUAUAUUUAGCCAUGAAUUCAUACAACAAGAAUAUACAAAUAAUAUCAUUCAGUUUUCUUAUUCACCAUCAUUUCAUUUUCUUUUUCUUGGUCGGCCUCGCUCAAUUUCCACUGCCCUCUGAUGGAUGCCAUGAAGAGGAGAGAAGGGCUCUCUUAGACAUCAAAUCCUCCUUACAAGACCCUUCGAAUCGAUUGUCCUCCUGGCAAGAAGGCAGCAAAUAUCAGAACUGUUGUGAUUGGCAUGGAAUUCAGUGUUCCAUCGGCUCUUUCCAUAUCAUCUCCAUCAACCUGCGGAACACAGAGUAUGAAAUUUACUUCAAUCAAUUUAAGUAUAGGGAUAAUAAAAUUGAUGAUGAAUUCAGUCCCCCAGAAACUGCACUUCAAGGUAAGCUUUCUCCUCUCUUCUUCCACAUUACUCAUCUUCAGUAUCUUGAUCUUGCCUUCAACAAUUUCCAAGAAUCACAGAUUCCGAUUCAGUUUUCUAAUCUAACAAAACUCACUCAUCUUGAUCUCUCCAACUCCAACUUCUCAGGAUCAACUUUGACACAAUUCACCAACCUAUCUUCUCUAAAGUACCUUGAUUUAUCAUCUUGUGGUGUUGUAGACUGCAUAAGGUUAUCAUCUACAAAAUGGUUGAGUGGGUUAAUAAAUCUCCAGGUGUUACGGUUGAGUGGUGUUAAUUUAUCCAAAGCUACAAUAUUAUCUGAAAACAAUUUUGCUGAACAUAUAUCUUUUCUUUCCAAUCUUAAAGAUCUUGAUCUAUCUUAUUGCAAUAUAUCUGGCCCAGUUUUUCCCAUCCAAGAGUUGAACAGUCUUUCUAGCCUAUCCUCUCUCAAUAUGAGUUACAAUCUUGAGCUCAAUUCCUCAUUCCCAGUACAUCUUGCUAAACUGCCUUCACUUUCUAGUCUUUACUUAUUAUCUUGUGCUCUUUAUGGUUCAGUUCCAUAUAUGCCUCAACUUAAAGAGCUCAAUGUGUUUUCUAAUCCUAAUCUCCAUGUAGAUCUUGCGCAAAUGUUUGAACAUAAGUGGCCUAAAUUGAAAUUUCUUAGGUUAUCUUCAACCAAAGUAACAGGGCCAUUCCAGAAAUUAAUUUCAAAUGCGCCGCUAUUGGAGUUUCUUUAUGCCUCCGGCUGUUCAAUUCAAGGAUCCAUUCCAAAUUCACUCUGUGAGAUUUCUUUUCUGCGAGAUCUUUUUCUGCAGAGGAACAAUUUUACAGGAACAAUACCAAGUUGCAUUACCAUGCUCAGGUACCUUAAGCGGUUAGAUGUUAGUAACAACUCUAUUGGGGGAGAUGUUUCACUUUCCUCUUUGGUUGCCAAUUUAGACUUGACUUUCUUAGAGCUGAGCUCAAACAAGCUAACAGUAUCUAUAGAACAACACUUACACCUAUACCCUAAACUUAAAUUCAAGGUGUUAGGGUUGCGGUCAUGCAAUCUGACAGGACUAUUCCCUAGUUUCAUUUGUAAUUUAACUGAUUUAGAGAUGUUGCAUUUACAAGAUAAUAACCUUUCUGGAACUAUCUCUUCUUGCAUCUACAAACUUAAAAAACUCCGAUCCUUGGAUCUCUCGCACAACAAUCUUCAUGGUCCUCUACCUCUUCCUUGUAAAAAUGCCAAGCUAUAUAAUCUAGCACAUAAUAAAUUCAACGGUGAAAUCUCGAUGGAAACCGGAAAAAGACUAUCUACUAUUAUCUCAGUUAUGUUAUCUGGUAAUGAACUUACAGGCUCAGUUCCCUCUUCUAUAUGCUCCAAUGAACCUGGAUUACAUUCUGAUAUUCAAAUUCUUGAUCUCUCCAAGAACAAACUAUAUGGAAUUAUUCCUACUACCGUAGGGUAUUGUACUUCUCUUAAGUAUCUAAAUCUUGGCACCAACAACCUCACUGGAAAUGUUCCGAAAGAGCUUGAACAAGCAAAGAACUUGCAAAUCUUGCAACUAAAUAACAACAAUCUUGACGGCGAUCCUCUUUAUUUCAUCGGUAAACUUCGCGAGUUGGUAGUUCUGGACUUGGGUAAUAACUGUUUUGGAGGAAGUAUAUCCCAUUUGUCUGGUACACUCAAUAAGCUUAAGAUUCUUUCUUUAAGAUCAAAUAAAUUCAAUGAAUCAAUCCCUAAAGACAUUGUCGAUUUGCAUUUGCUCCAUGUAUUAGACUUGUCGGGAAACAAUCUCACCGGGUUAAUUCCUAAGGAAAUAGGCAAUUUGAUAAUGUUAACAAAUAGAACUAAUGGUUAUCUAGGUCAUUUACAAUUGCAGAUGACAAACAAAGGGAUCAUGAUGCAAUAUGAGAAACUGUAUACAUAUAAUUCAGGAAUCGAUUUAUCCUCCAAUAAUCUUGAGGGAGAAAUUCCUGAAGAGAUAGGUCUACUGAAAGGGCUUUCCAUGCUGAAUCUAUCACACAACCGCCUCUCGGGUAACAUCCCAUUCAGUGUUGGAAAUAUGAAGAGCUUAGAGUCUUUGGAUCUGAGUUUCAACAAGUUAUCUGGACUUAUCCCGCCAUCUUUAGCAUCAAUGGAUUUUCUUGGUUAUUUGAAUUUGUCUUACAAUAACCUGAGUGGAAGGAUACCAAGGGGACCUCAUAUGGAUACAUUGAGCGGAGAUGGUUCAGCAUAUGUUCAUAACAACUUCUUGUGCGGGUACCUUACGAAGAAUGCUUGUGAGGGCAGUCUGAGCAGUGAUACCGGCAAUUCUCCGAAUGAAUAUGGUCAAGAUAAGUGGCAUUUUUAUGGUAUUGUUGCUUUCGGGUUCAUAGUUGGAUUUUUGGGUCUGUUCUUUGGUUUACUUUUGAAGAAAGAUAAAUGGUGGGCCGGAUAUUGGAGAGCUGUUGACAAUCUUGCAGUCAAAAGUGUUCGAUUCUUCGUAAAAGAUUGAUAAUCAAAUACUUACUUUGUACAUUGAUCAUCUA